AUGCGGCAGGAGGACCUCAAGGCCUUUAAGGAUGGCUUAGAGGGGGUGGAAGAGGCGUGUGGGUGGGGAAGCCGCUGGCCGCCUGGCCCCAGAGAAGCCGAGAAGGCUAAUGGAAACCUCAACGUCCAGGAGACUGAUGGGAAAAUGAGGGCGGCCAUCUUGCGGGAGGAAGCCAGCUGCCAGGAGUGGCAGCGUCAACGUUUUCGGCAUUUUUGCUACAAAGAAGCCGAGGGGCCCCGGGAAGCUUGCGUCCAGCUUCGAGACUUCUGUCACCGGUGGCUGAAGCCGGAGAAGCACACCAAGGAGCAGAUCGUGGAGCUGCUGAUCCUGGAGCAGUUCCUGGCCAUCCUUCCCGCAGAGAUCCAGAGCUGGGUCCGAAAGUGGGGGGCAGAGACCUGCGCCCAAGCGGUGGGCCUGGCCGAGGAGUUCCUCCAAAGGGAGGACCAGAAUCACAAAGACGAGGUAUGGGCUCCAUUUGAAGAUGCAUCCUGCAAUAUCCCCAAAGCUGGACGCGUUCUCUUCGAUUCGCGGCAGACCCAACUUAGCAAAGAUGAGCGAGAAAACAGCACAGGUUUCUGCGGAGACAGUGAGGAAUCUUGCGAACGAGAGAUUUCUCCUGCGGGAACUCAAAAGCAAGCAGAGGUUUGCCAGACGCUGCCUGGAAGAGAGAGAAGCAUUUCCUGGAGGAACGGAAAGCGUGAGGGCAUCCCACUUCAAAAUGAUAAAAUGUAUGUUUUGCAAGAGGACGGACUCACCACUCGCAGGCAACCAAGGUCCACGUCGGAGAAACUGGAGUCCUGCAGAAGGGAGGAGAAUAAGCUGGGCCACAGUCCAGAUGCCUCAAUAGAUACCAAAUGUUGUAAGUCCUUAGACUCUGCGGCCACCCCCAGCCAGAGGGUGCUCUUCCCUAACCUUCAACGCAUCCUCAAAGGCGAGCAAUCCUGCAGCUGUCCGAGCGGUGGGAAAAGCCCCCAUCACAGCUUAAGCCCAGCCACGCAUGGGGACGAGCCUUCACGAUGUUCAGACUGCAGGAAGAACUCGGUUCUUACAAAGCAGGAAAGUUUUGAUCGAGAAGAAGAGCUUUACAGGUGUGUAACCUGUGGAGAAAACUUUACUGUCUACUCCAGCUUGGUGAAGCAUGAGAGGAUCCACACUGAGGAGGAAUUGUGUCCUUCCGUGAGCAGCGGGCAAGGGUACCAUCCAAGGGGCGGUCUUCCCAUCUUGGAACAGGGCGGAGAGAAGACCUACCGGUGCCCAACGUGCGGGAAGAGCUUUAAUAAGAGCUCAGCUUUUCGGUUCCACAAGCGAAUCCAUACCGGGGAGAGACCCUACUCGUGCACCAAUUGUGGGAAAAGCUUCAGCCAAAGGUCCAAUCUGAUCUUGCACGAGAAAACUCACACGGGAGUCAAACCCUUCCGGUGCUCAGACUGCGGGAAGACUUUCCUCCGGAGCUCCGAUCUGGUGAGGCACGAGAUCACCCACACCGGAGAGAAACCCUACACCUGCUCGGAGUGCGGCCGCUCCUUCAGCCACAACUCGACGCUGAUUGCUCACGAGAGAACCCACACCGGGGAGAAGCCCUACAAGUGUUCGGUCUGCGGGAGGAGCUUCCGGCAUCACUCGGGCCUUAUCAAACACGAGAGGACCCACACCGGGGAGCGGCCCUACGCGUGUCCGGCCUGCGGGAAGAGCUUCAGCCAGAGCUCGGGGCUGACGCUCCACUUGAGGACUCACACUGGUGAGAAGCCCUAUCGGUGCUCGGUCUGUGGGAAGAGUUACACGCAGAGGUCAAAACUGACGAAACACGAGAAGACUCAUUUGGCUGAGAAGCCGUACAAGUGCGCCGACUGCGGGAGGAGCUUCCACCAGAGCUCGGAUCUCGUGAAACACGAGAGGAUCCACACGGGGGAGAAGCCCUAUAAGUGCACGGUGUGCGAGAAGCGGUUCAAUCAGCGAUCCUACCUGAUCGUUCACGAGCGCUUCCACACGGCGGAGAAGCCGUACAAGUGUUUCCUCUGCGGGAAAAGCUUCUGCUCCAACGCCCAUCUCAUGACCCACCAAAGGACCCACACGGGGGAGCGGCCCUACCAGUGUCCCGAGUGCGGGAAACGUUUCACCACCAGCUCAAACUUUGUCAACCACAAAAAGACCCACACGGAGGAAAAACCCUACAAUUGCUCCCUCUGUGAGAAAAGCUUCAAGCGCAGCUCCAACCUGAUUCAGCACGAGAGGACCCACACGGGAGAGAAGCCCUACACCUGCCUCACCUGCGGGGAGAGUUUUGCUUCCAAUUCGGGUCUCGUGAAACACCAGCGGAGCCAUACGGGGGAGAGACCGUACAAAUGCUCGUACUGCGGGAAGUGCUUCAGUCAGAGCAUGAUCCUCACCCAGCACGAGAGGACUCACACGGGCGAGAAACCCUGCAAAUGCCCGGCCUGCGGGAAAAGCUUUCGCUCCAGCUCAGACCUGGUGAAGCACAAAAGGAUCCACACCGGGGAGAAACCCUACAAAUGCUCCCUGUGUGGGAAAAGCUUCACCACCAGUUCGGAUGUGGUGAAGCACGAGCGGACCCACACGGGCGAGAAGCCCUAUAAAUGCGGCACUUGUGGGAAGAGUUUCAGCCAGAGUGCGCACCUCAUGCAGCACCAGAGAAUCCACACGGGGGAGAAACCCUAUUCCUGUCUGAUUUGCGGCAGGUGUUUUACCUGCAGCGCGCACUUAGUGGUCCAUAAACGGACCCACAAAGAUGGGGAGGUCUUAAAAGUGUAACGAUUGGUGGUGUCUCAGGCUGGUAGGUGUGGGUGUAUUUACUAGCGGGCCUGCUGGAUGUGUGUGAGAGAGCAUCCAAGAUCGGAGGAAAAA